AUGGGGCUGCUGACAUUCCAGGAUGUGACCGUAGAUUUCACUCAAGACGAGUGGGAAUGCCUGGACCUCGGUCAGCGGGAAUUGUACAGGGACGGACUGCUGACAUUCCAGGAUGUUACCGUGGAUUUCACUCAAGAGGAGUGGGAAUGCCUGGACCUCGGUCAGCAGGAAUUGUACAGGGACGUGAUGUUAGAGAACUACGGGAAUCUGGCCUGCUUGGGUCUUGUGGUCUCUAAGCCAGACCUGGUCACGUUUCUGGAGCAAAUGAAGGAUCCCUGGGAUGUAAGGAGAAUGGAGACAGCCAUAUACCCAACUGUAUCUUCCCACAACACCCAGGGUUUGAGGACCCAAAAGCCAGGCUUAGAAGAUUUACUCCCAACAGCAAAGCUAGGAAUAUAUGAAAGAUUUCACCUUGGAAAUUUACAUUUAACCAAAGACUGGAAAUCUAUGAGGCCAUAUAAAGAGCGGAGAGCAUGUUAUGAUGGACACAACCAAGUUGAUACAGUUUCCCAUAAAAAGAGUUAUAAUUGUUAUGAUUAUGGUAAAGUUGUUAACCAGCCUUCAAACCUUAUUCAACAGCAGAUAAUUCAGAGUAAGUGGAAACAUUGCCAGUGUACUACAUGUGGAAAAGUCUUUAGUAACUCACCAAGUCUAAACAGACUUAGGAAAAUUCAUAUAGGAAGGAAACUUUUCAAAUGUACAGCAUGUGGCCAAACCUUUAAUCAGAGUUCAUAUUUAACUGAACAUCUGCAAAUCCAUGCUGGGGAGAAACCAUACAAAUGUAGAGAAUGUGGCAAAGCUUUUAAGGAGAUUUCAACUUUAACUCAACAUCAGCAAAUCCAUGCUGGGGAGAGACCUUAUAAAUGUACAGCAUGUGGCAAAGCCUUUAUCCAUUAUUAUGUUCUUACUCGACAUCAGCGAAUCCAUACUGGAGAGAGACCUUAUAAAUGUAUAGAAUGUGGCAAAACCUUUAUCAUUUGUUCACUUCUUACUCGACAUCAACGAAUCCAUACUGGGGAGAGACCUUAUAAAUGUACAGAAUGUGGCAAGGCAUUUAAGCAGAGUUCAACUUUAACUCAACAUAAGCAAAUCCAUACCGGGGAAAGACCUUAUAAAUGUACAGAAUGUGGCAAAGCCUUUACCCGUUAUUAUUUUCUUAUUGGACAUCAGCGAAUCCAUACUGGAGAGAGACCUUAUAAAUGUACAGCAUGUGGCAAAGCUUUUAAGGAGAUUUCAACUUUAACUCGACAUCAGCGAAUCCAUACUGGGGAGAGGCCUUAUAAAUGUACAGCAUGUGGCAAGGCUUUUAAGCAGAGUUCAGCUUUAACUCAACAUCAGCAAAUACAUACCGGGGAAAGACAUUAUAAAUGUACAGAAUGUGGCAAAGCCUUUACCCGUUAUUAUUUUCUUACUCGACAUCAGCGAAUCCAUACUGGGGAGAGACCUUAUAAAUGUACAGCAUGUGGCAAAGCCUUUUCCCAGAGUUCAGGAUUAACUAAACAUCAGCGAAUCCAUACUGGGGAGAGACCUUAUAAAUGUACAGCAUGUGGCAAGGCUUUUAAGCAGAGUUCAACUUUAACACAACAUCAGCGAAUCCAUACUGGGGAGAGACCUUACAAAUGUACAGAAUGUGGCAAAGCUUUUAAGCAGCGUUCAGGAUUAACUAAACAUCAGCGAAUCCAUACUGGGGAAAGACCUUACAAAUGUACAGAAUGUGGCAAGGCUUUUAAGCAGCAUUCAGCUUUAACACAACAUCAUGGAAUCCAUACUGGGGAGAGGCCUUAUAAAUGUGCAGCAUGUGGCAAGGCUUUUAAGCAGCGUUCAGCUUUAACUGAACAUGAGCGAAUCCAUACUGGGGAGCAACCUUGUAAAUGUACAGAAUGUGGCAAAGCCUUUAUCAAUUAUUCACUUCUUACUCUACAUGAACGUAUCCAUACUGGGGAGAGAACUUAUAAAUGUCCAUCAUGUGGCAAAACCUUUAUCCGUUAUUCUUUUCUUACUCGACAUCAGCAAAUCCAUACUGGGGAGAGAUCUUAUAAAUGUACAGCAUGUGGCAAGGGGCUUCUGACAUUCCAGGAUGUGACCGUAGAUUUCACUCAAGACGAGUGGGAAUGCCUGGACCUCGGUCAGCGGGAAUUGUACAGGGACGUGAUGUUAGAGAACUACGGGACUCUGGCCUGCUUGGGUGUCCAAGUUCCUCUGCUCAUGUUCGGCAGGGCUCUGUGA